AUGUAUACCCACAACUGCCACCUCCUCCCUCCACCACCUCCUCCACCACCAUCAGGAGAAGGCCGUCGCGGCAAGCGCAAGCGCGAAGAUGAUGGAGUUCGACCAGAUCGUGAGUCCAAGUGUGGAAACGAUGAUGCCGGAACCAAUCAAGGCGGCGGUGGAAGCAAGAAGGCCAUUUCGCAGUACAUCAUCGAUGCCACUCAUGGUCACGAUGUCAGUGUUACGGGCAAGCGCAAGCGCGAAGAUGAAGAUUCGGUGUGGGCUGCCCGAAUCGUAACAAGUGCCGAGAACCAGGGUGAGACCGCAAUGAGCCACAAGAAU